CUAAAAUUUUAAUUGUAUCAAGAAUUAUUAUAGCCUUUGCAAAAAGAAAAAGAAAUGUCCUAUACUAUUACUACAUGUUUAGUACAUAAAUAAACAAAUAAACAAUAAUUCAGUAAAUUAAUAUGAAUAUAUACUAGGGAUAGAACAUUGACCAGAACUACCCUCACGCUCUUCUCACACAAACUAACACUAAUCUUUCACUUUUAGAAUUCCUUCAAUUCAGGCACAAAUAAUCGAGGUACACAACUUGCCAACACACCAAAGCAUUUUACCACUGCGUUUAGGCCCCGCAAGAUUCGUCACAAAUCUCAACAGCUUUAUUCACAUCAUUAAUCUUGAAAACUACAAAACAAACAUUGACGUUAUAGAAUACAAUCUUGACCUUUUCGAGAAACAUAUAUUUGAACCUAACAUCGUAAGAAUAACUAAGCUAAAACUUGCAGAAUUAAAGACCAAGUUUUUAGCAUUAUACCCAAUUAAAAGACAGAGAAGAGGGCUAAUAAAUGGACUAGGUUCCGUGAUUAAAUUCAUAACGGGUAACAUGGAUGACCAAGACGCUAGAACAAUAAAUCAACAGAUAGAAAACAUUUACUCAAACCUAAACAACGUUACAUAUACACUUUCACACGAACAUUCAAUCAACUUUAAAAUGAUUGAAAGAUUCAAUAACAUAACAUCCCACAUAAAUAACGAACAGCACACAAUAGAAAGAUACAUGUUGAGCACAACUAAUAAAAUAAAACAGGAAGAGGACAUACUAUUACAAACACAAUACCUCAACCAGAUAAACUACAACAUCGACCUUCUAACACACCACUUAACAAACAUAGCUGAGGCAGUAGUUCUGUCAAAACUAAAUAUAAUUUCAAGAUUCCUCCUCAGCCCGGAAGAACUCGAAAACAUAGAAGUCAAAUUAAAACAAAAAAAUAUUGAAGUCAGAUCUAUCGAAAAUAUUUAUGAAAUGCUAGGCAUGCAAGCCUACUACAAUGAAACAAAUAUCAUUUUUAAUAUUCUUGUACCGAAUGUCUCUGAAGAAGACUAUUUUCUAUACCACAUAAUUCCUUUACCAAUAAACAUAACUAAGUUAAUAAUAACAGAACCAUAUAUAUUGUUUAAUGAAAAUUCCACACACCAUCACAAAACACUUUGCCCAUCGAUCGAAGGAACAUAUUAUUGCGGUAUACCGAUCCGACAGGAAGAAACCAAAUACUCGUUAUGUAUUGGAAACUUAAUAAACAAUAAAGAAGCAAAUUGCCCAAUUAGUGACGUUGGAAAAAGGGAAUCGAUCACACAAGUGGAACAAAACCUAAUACUUUUUAUACACUCACCAGAGACACUAAUAAAUUCUACUUGCAGUAUCAAAACUCUCACAGUAAAAGACACAGCCCUUGUGCGUUUCCAGAACUGUGACGUCUCAAUAAAUGGUAUAACAUACCACGAUGAUACCGAUGCAUAUUGGGAUCAACUCCACAUACCCCCGUUACCAAACAGCAACAUUUCCGUAAACUCCACAAUCGAAAUACUUAGUCUUCAAAAACUCGAGGAUUUCAACUUUCUAACCAACAACAGAAUUAGCAACCUGGAAAUAACCACUACAACAGUUCACUCAGUCACAACAACAACAACAUUACCUAUCACUCCGACCACAACAUCUUCAUUGUGGCCGUCGCUCUAUCUUAAGGGGGGAGGAGUUACGACACCCACCUUAUUGUCUCCACCAAAACCAGUUACGACACCCACCUUAUUAUCUCCACCAAAACCACCGAGAACGUUAACCUAUUGAUUUAGGUCAUAAUUAACGCUGAAUAACCAAUAAAUAUAUUUGUCUCAUAUAACCAAUAUCAUUGUUAGCAAUAAGAACACCAACUAAUUAAUAAGAAAUUGUUUUGUAACUUUUAUUGUAUAAUUCCAAGAAAUCUAGCUUUUACUUUAAUCAUCAUUUAUUAUAUUGUAACUUAGUUUUCUUUAAGAUUUAAAAUGAAAAUAAAAAUUAUUCUUUGUUCAGACUUCAAAUUGCAAAGAGUUAUUUUUUUUUUAAC